AAGAGCUCUUCGAAAUAUUUAGCAAAGCUCAUUUAUGAGUACGUUGUUGUUAGAGUUUUCAGUGGCUGCUGUAUCCUGACCAAUUUAAAGCAAAGGCCAUAAAGUGAGAAGGUGUUUAGUGUGCUAUUCGUAGGAUUUUUGAGGCCAGAUCACUCACUACAGCAGCCUUUUCGGGGAUAAAAUGCAGGGUCUCCAGUGCCACAGCCAAACAAUAACAUCUCUGUCAGGUGGUGUGCAGUUGCGAGAGCGGCGAGGCAAGGCCCAGUUGACCGGGACGAGAUGAGGCAUAAAACUGCAUUUUACAGUGUACCACGAACGUGAACCAUUUCGGCUGUCCAAAUUUCAACAGAAAUGCCCACUGCUGUCUGAAGAUGCUCGAUAAAAGACUGUGGCCCAACGUCAUAUACUCAGUGAUCCUCUUUGUCGUUUGCGUCACAGUAUGGCAAAUAACCACCGAAUCAGAACCCCUUUCCACCGUCGCAGUCUACAGUUUGUAUUCGUCCAACUCUUCGACUUAUUCCUACCCUGUAAACACGCUCCCUUUCGACGACUACCACCAGCUCAUCAACCUACGCAACUUUACCUUUACAAUGCUCACUUUCCCCUGUAACGACUCAAACCCUCUUCUUCUCACUUUGGUUCAUUCGGACCCUAGAAACUUCGACACGAGAAGGGCCAUAAGGGAGACGUGGGGUCGAAACAGCCCUCAAGUGAAAACCCUGUUUGUGACAGGUCUGGUCAAGAACUCGACCCUAAAGGUCAAAAUCGAUAAAGAGAGUGAAGAGUUUGGAGACUUGAUUCAAGGCUCGUUCCUGGACGCUUAUCGGAACAUGACGUACAAGCACGUGAUGGUGUUCAAGUACGCCAUCUACCACUGUCCGCAAGCAAAAUACAUCCUCAAGACUGAUGAUGACGUCUUCGUCAAUAUGCCUCUUAUGAUCAACUUUUUAACGUCGGACUUGUCACCGUUUGGGGGAUCGAGGAUGAUCUUUUGUACUUUGAGGAGGAAGAGCUUGGUUGUGAGGAGCUGGAGGUCCAAAUGGAGAGUUUCUUUUAAGGAAUAUCCAGCCAAAACGUACCCUCCAUAUUGCCCAGGCUGGGCCAUACUCUAUUCACCGGACGUAGUCUUCGAAUUGUACAAAGAGGCCCAGAAAGCAGAUUAUUUCUGGAUCGACGACGUCCACAUAACUGGAACUUUGGUGAGCAAGAUCCAUGUGACGCAUUUCAAUAUCGAUAGCUUGGUACUUACGGAUUGGGCCAUGAGUAGAGCCAUCAACUACCCGGCUUGGUUUAACCAAGCGUUCCUCUAUGGAGCUCCCAAUGUUAAAGAUUCAGAUAUUAAGGCAUUGUGGGACUACGUACAGAAACACGCAAAUCACGCAUCUUUAUUGCGAAAGAAUUACCUCGAUGGAUAAUCAAAAACUCGACAGAUGGAAGACUGUCCACAAUCUAUAGGUACUAGAAAUUGAAGACUGUCAGAAAAACGGCCAAGUUUUUAGUAAAAUCUCACUUUUUUUUGCAAUGUUAGGAUCUAGUUGAAGUGCCUAUGGGUAUUUAAUUCUUCAAUUUGUGCAAUACGUUUCAGAGUAUUCUAUAAUUGUUAAACUGUCCCUCGUGAGAGCUUAAUCUCUUUCCGAGAGAUAGUUGUGUCAAAGGGGUCCAUGUAAUUUAGUACCUAAUGUUUAGGUAGAUCAAAAAAGAGUAUAUUUUUAUGUGUUAAGUAGCCACCGUGGUCUCUACCGAGUGAGAUUGAUUUGUAGACAUGUUUCAAACCAAUGCAAAGAUUUGUCGUGUAAACUUAACUUACGACAAGAUAAACUUGAAACUUGUCUUGCAGGAACAUGGGAGUCCGUUUAGUACAAAUUUUCUUGGUUGUUUUGUUUAAAUUAUUGUGUUUACGUUGUAAUAUAAAACGAAAUGAAGUUACUAAAAGCGCUCUAAAUUUGUUAUGUAUAAACAUUAUUUACUAGAAAAAAAUUAGCGGAAUAUGUAGAAUAUUUUAUUAUUGGAAUUAUUAUACUUAAUAGUAUUAUAUUCAGAAAUUGAAUAAUUAAUUAUUGUUGGAGAAAAUUACUAAAUUAAAAAUGUUACUUACCUGCUAGAAUUAAAAUGUACCUUUCUAAGAAACAUAUGAAAC